AUGCCUGCUGUAGAAAUGUUUGCCAGACGAGCCAAGCCUUUUCCACCAGGCUCACGACCUCCCGAAGAUAAUAAACUAAUAGGUAAACAAACAACAGUCGUCACAGAUACAUCUAGUUCAAUUGAAUUUACCAAGGACGAACGUGUCAACAAAACGAUUAAUAAUGAUAUUGAUAAUGAUCGUUAUUUUUUUAUCUUCUUAUUAGCAACUACUUAUUUUUCCGAUAGUACAUCUCAAAUAUGUGUAGACACAAUUGGUUAUAGUAUCUUAUAUUUGUUCAUUCGUAGUUUUUAUGCUGUGACUUAUAUUAUGGCUUUAAAACCCUGGAGAACAAUAAUGUUUGCUUUUGGUUUUGCUUUAACAUUGGUCCCUAGUUUGAAUCCAGUUAUUACUAUGUCACUUCAACCAAACUAA